AUGGCGUCGUUGGCGAUGGAGGCGAACGUUCAGGACGCGUUGCGCUCAUGGCACCCGCAGUUCCCCGAGCUAUUCCAAGAAAUCAUCAACGCGGUUACACGAGCAGAUGGGCCGUACCUCGAUCUGCAGGAGAACAAGAGCGUCGAAGGAUACCAUGUAGCCUACCAGACGUCCAUUGGCCUCGCUCUUGGUCCUGACGCGAAAAACCCCAACCUGCGCCAUUGCCAAGUCAGGGAGGUCUCGGCGGGAGGCCCAUCCUACAUCGCUGGUCUCAGACCCGGGGACCUGAUUGUAUCGAUCAAUGGGCAGGCGAUCGCUGUCGACACUUCUGUCCGCGAGAUCCUGUGUGCCUCGGAUCGGCACGGGGAGGAGUAUGUGAUCUCGUUUGUCCGAGGAGAGUCGACCCUCCAGUGCACAGUCGUCAGGAUGCCAUCCCGUCUCGUAGCCCAGGCGGAGCACAUGUUCAACACCAUGGCGCGGCACAAGGCCGACAUUGCAAGCCAGACGAACCAUCGGGAGCUUGCCAUCACCUACCAGCGGAUGGCAGAGGCUCAAGAGAUGCUGAUCUCUAGCCAUGAAGGGCCAAAAGUGGAUGAACGUGCCAUGCAGCUGCGCGAGGAUGCUCACCUUUCCCGCCACAUGCGAGAGAUUCAGCGGCGCGUGCUCGACAACCUGACCCACAUUUUGCGCGGGAUCUCACCAG